AUGCUGUCUCCGCUGCAGCUCUCGGUCUACUGGCGUCUCUCUCUGGUCUUCAUCUUCACCUCCUUUCUCUUCUUUCUGGACAUUUUCGCGGCCGCCGUCGCCGAGGCCAGCUGUCGCCAUGGUAACGGCACAGGCGGCUCGGACCCUCCGCGUGGAACGUUGCCACCGAACGCGCCGGGCAACCAAUCAGAGCCAGGGGACGGUUCAGAGGGCGACGCUGAUUGGAGGACGGAGGGCGGGAACCGAGAUUCAGUGUGUGGUUGGACAGACUGGUUGUCCUAUGGUCAGACUCUCUACAUGGUUGGUCUGCUGCUGGGCUCUCUGGUGGGAGGAGCGCUGUCUGACCGAUAUGGAAAGCGUCCAGUGCUGUUGGUGUGUGUGUUGGUGCACGCUGUGUGUGGUGUUGUGCCCGCUGUUCUUUCUCAACCGUUCCUCUUCCUCGCUGUUCGCUGCCUGACAGGCGUGUGCUGCUGCUGCAUCAACAUCUGCUCCUUCAGUCUGGCAGUGGAGUGGACUCCCCCCGCUGCCCGGCUCUGGCCGCCGGCCUUCCUGCCGUUCUGCUUCAGUUUGGGGACGAUGAGUGGAGCUCCGCUGGCCUGGCUCAGCCCCACCUGGACACAGCUGCACCUUGCUCUAUCUCUGCCGCAGCUCAUCUGUCUGCCGCUCUACCUAUCGAUUCCAGAGUCUCCUCGCUGGUUGUUGUUAAAGAGGAGGACGGAUGUUUUGGACCGUUACCGUGGCAACAGCCCUGCAGAUGAGAAGUGCCUGGGCUUGCUGUUGGACUCAGCUUGGUCUGAUUUGCAAAAAGCCACCGAGGCUCAGAAAGAAGAGCCUGCAGCUGGCCACUCCCCAUGUGACAUCAUCCACCUCAGACACCCGUCCGUCCUGCUGCGGCUGUCAAUCAUGAGUUACCUAAGUGCUGCGUCUGCACUGACAUACUUUGGCAUCUGUAUGAACAUCGGCUCAUUUGGCGUCGGCGUCUACUCCGCUCAGUUCUUCUCCGGCCUAUCAGAAACUCCCUGCCUGCUUGUCCCAUUGGUUCGCCUGGGGCGGCGACCAAUCAGCAUGCUCGCUCUGUUCCUGAGCGGAGCAGCAUGCUUCCUGUCAUUACUGCUGUCCCGAUACCACGGCGAGCCGGUGCUGGUGAUGAGUCUUGCUCUGUUGGGAAAACUUUGCAUUCUUGCUGCUAUCUUCAUCUCUACUCUGUACAGCAUCGAGCUGUUCCCGACAGUGGUCAGACAGCGGUGCUUGUCUCUGGUCAGCUUGUGUUUCCGGAUUGGCUGUCUGGUUAACACCAUGGUUCCACCCAACCCCAACGGAGCGAUCUCACUGGCGGCCAUGAUUGUGUACAGCAGUGGACCAAUCAUUGGCUGUGGCUUGUGUCUGAUGCUGCCGGAGACCAGCGGCAUCCCGCUUCCUGAUACGGUGGAGGACUGUGAUAGGCAGCCUCUACCCAACCCUCCCAAUAUUGACGCCCUCUGGAGGAUACGGAAGCUGGUGAGCAGCCAAACCAGGAAAACCGAGAUCCUCCCUGCAGAGAAAGAGGACACACACACACCGAACACAUGCACGGGACUGAUAUGA